AUGGUAGCUGGGGGAAGUGUCGGGGACAGUAAUGGUGGCGGGGGAAGUGUCAGAGACAGUAAUGGUGGCAGGGGAAGUGUCAGGGACAGUAAUGGUGGCGGGGGAAGUGUCAGAGACAGUAAUGGUGGCAGGGGAAGUGUCAGGGACAGUAAUGGUGGCGGGGGAAGUGUCGGGGACAGUAAUGGUGGCAGGGGAAGUGUCAGGGACAGUAAUGGUGGCGGGGGAAGUGUCGGGGACAGUAAUGGUGGCAGGGGAAGUGUCCGGGACAGCAAUGGUGGCGGGGGAAGUGUCAGGGACAGUAAUGGUGGCGGGGGACGAGUCGGGGACAGUAAUGGUGACGGGGAAAGUGUCGGGGACAGUAAUGGUGGCGGGGGAAGUGUCGGGAACAGUAAUGGUGGCGGGGGAAGAGUCGGGGACAGUAAUGGUGGCGGGGAAAGUGUCGGGGACAGUAAUGGUGGCGGGGGAAGUGUCGGGGACAGUAAUGGUGGCGGGGGAAGUGUCAGAGACAGUAAUGGUGGCAGGGGAAGUGUCAGGGACAAUAAUGGUGGCAGGGGAAGUGUCAGGGACAGUAAUGGUGGCGGGGGAAGUGUCGGGGACAGUAAUGGUGGCGGGGGAAGUGUCAGGGACAGUAAUGGUGGCGGGGGAAGUGUCAGGGACAGUAAUGGUGGCGGGGGAAGUGUCAGGGACAAUAAUGGUGGCAGGGGAAGUGUCAGGGACAGUAAUGGUGGCGGGGGAAGUGUCAGGGACUGUAAUGGUGGCGGGGGAAGUGUCAGGGACAAUAAUGGUGGCGGGGGAAGUGUCAGGGACAAUAAUGGUGGCAGGGGAAGUGUCAGGGACAGUAAUGGUGGCGGGGGAAGUGUCAGGGACAAUAAUGGUGGCGGUGGAAGUGUCAGGGACAGUAAUGGUGGCGGGGGAAGUGUCAGGGACAAUAAUGGUGGCGGGGGAAGUGUCAGGGACAGUAAUGGUGGCGGGGGAAGUGUCGGGGACAGUAAUGGUGGCGGGGGAAGUGUCGGGGACAGUAAUGGUGGCGGGGGAAGUGUCGGGGACAGUAAUGGUGGCGGGGGAAGUGUCAGGGACAGUAAUGGUGGCGGGGGAAGUGUCGGGGACAGUAAUGGUGGCGGGGGAAGUGUCCGGGACAGUAAUGGUGGCGGGGGAAGUGUCCGGGACAGUAAUGGUGGCGGGGGAAGUGUCAGGGACAGUAAUGGUGGCGGAGGAAGUCUCGGGGAUAGUAAUGGAGGCGGGGAAAGUGUCGGGGAUAGUAAUGGUGGCGGGGGAAGUGUCAGGGAUAGUAAUGGUGGCGGGGGAAGUGUCGGGGAUAGUAAUGGAGGCGGGGGAAGUGUCAGGGACAGUAAUGGAGGCGGGGGAAGUGUCAGGGACAGUAAUGGUGGCGGGGGAAGUGUCGGGGACAGUAAUGGUGGCGAGGGAAGUGUCAGGGACAGUAAUGGUGGCGGGGGAAGUGUCGGAGUAAUGGUGUCGGGGGAAGUGUCGGGGACAGUAAUGGAGGCGGGGGAAGUGUCAGGGACAGUAAUGGAGGCAGGAGGAGGGACGUGA